UGCAUCCCCUGCUAUUUUAGGCUAGGCAGUUUGUGAAAGGCUUCACUCUCUCUCUUUUACAAGUGUUUAGCUUCCUCGGCCACAGUCACCAGGCGUGCUGACCAGAAAGAAACUUUGCUGUAAUGUCAUAUAGUUGGUCAAGCAGGACAAGGACAGCACAAACAGAACAGGAGCGCGAGGCCUUUGUUUAUGCUGGAGCCAGAUAGAAUAGGUGAAAUGUCAAGGACUUCUUCACAAACGACUCUGCAGACCUACAGGGUCAACGACAAAGACCUCACUGAGAUUGAACUCCAUUCUGUGGACUCCAUCAAUGACCUUCAUCGGACUCAUCCGGAACACAACCACAAAGGAACGAAGCCGCCCCGCCCCGCUUACACGCCUUCCGUGAAUGGGACGCUGCAAGCACACCACAUGAGAUGUGUCAGCGCAGGACCAGGAUGGCAGGACUCGUUGGCUCCAAGCUCGUGGCGAGCCUACGCUAUAGCUUGUGUUGUCAUCACACUGCUUCUGCUCACACUUGCACUCAUUUUCUACUUCCUGGUACAACAAGGCAACGCAGUACAGAGGCUGACUGAAGCCUUGAAGGAGAAAGAAGCUGCAGCCACACAACUAUCCGUGCUGAUCCAACAACUACAAGUGCUCACACUCAACCUGACAGCCACAAGGGGGCGGACAUGAGUGACAAUGUGUGUAAGGGAAAGGAUUAGAAAAGGACACCCUCUGAACUUUUGACAUGCAAACACAUUCAGAUAUUUUAUAGAUUAGUUUAAUCGAGAGCUUCUUUUGCAAUAAAAAUAGACAUAAAAUAGAUUUUUUUUAAAAUCAGUCAGGUCCACUUUUCUCCUUUUAACAGGUAUGUCAUUUUGUUAAUAGCACAUACAAUAACAUCCUCAAACUGUGGUAAAAAUAUUGAAACUCAUAAAGAGGGCCAAUACAUUGAUAUAUAUUUUUGUUAUUCAAUAUAUUCAUACAUAAACAAAAUCCUUCCCACUGGU